CUCCCUGAGCUUGGUCUACACCGGUGAAAACCGUACGUGGAGAGUUCAGACUGCUUUGGAACCCUAAGAAAAGAAGUCGGGUGCGGAGGGAGGCGCUCAGAGGGACCACGAGGGCCAGAGGCCCCACUGACGACACGGCAGGGCGGGGUCUAGAGGAUCGGUGACGAGAAGCUCGCUACUACCCUACACGUGUGAUCUGGGCAACCAAACCACCACUGGCCUGCUAGGGGUUAAAAGGAGCCACGGAAAGAAAAGUAGUCCCGGCCGCACGGGAGGAAAAAUAGUCCCAGCCCCGCCCCGGCUGGGCGGAGGGACGCAUCACUCAGGGGUGGGGAAAGCAGAUCCGUGCGCAGGGUUGCUGAGGGUGAAACUUUUCAUUGACUUUGCUCACUUCGGGCCGGGGCGCGGGAAGGUGCCGGUUCCUGGGACUCAGUGUCGUCGGAGCUGAGAGGCCAGGAGGACAGGACUUGCCCGCCGGCCACAUCCCGGGCCGGCCUCCAUCCACCGCGUGACGGGUGCCAUCCUCGGCCCCGCCAUCCCCGCGCCGUCGCCGCCGACCUCGACCUCCAAGAACAGCGGAAAGAAUCACAUGAACUUGGUCCUCGUCCCCCUCAGCCCUCAACGACGUAGAAGGACACCGUGGCCCUCAGCCUCGAGGCGCCGGGGAGGCUGGGCGAGACACCUCCGUCCCGCGGCCUGCAGAGCGCCCCGUCGCGGAGACCCGAAACCGUCUGGACCCCAGGGUCAGCCCUCUACUCCCGACACUGCUCUUGGCCUGCACACGUGCCCUGUGCUGGUUCUCAGUUUCUGCCCGAGAGAGGAUGCAGCUAGAGGUCAAAGUGGCCCUGAACUUCAUCGUCUCCUACCUGUACAACAAGCUGCCCCGGCGCCGGGCAGACCUGUUUGGGGAGGAGCUGGAGCGGCUUUUGAAAAAGAAGUAUGAAGGCCACUGGUACCCAGAGAAGCCACUGAAGGGUUCUGGCUUCCGCUGUGUCCACAUUGGGGAGACGGUAGACCCCGUGGUGGAGCUGGCUGCCAAGCGGAGUGGUCUAGCGGUGGAGGAUGUGCGUGCCAAUGUGCCCGAAGAGCUGAGUGUCUGGAUUGACCCUUUUGAGGUGUCCUACCAGAUUGGUGAGAAGGGAGCCGUGAAAGUCCUGUACCUGGAUGACAGUGAGGGGGGUGGUGCCCCAGAGCUAGACAAGGAGGUCAAGAGCAGCUUCAACCCUGAUGCCCAGGUGUUCGUGCCCAUCGGCAGCCAGGACAGCUCCCUGUCCAGCUCCCCGUCUCCGUCCUUUGGCCAGUCACCCAGCCCCACCUUUAUCCCCCGGUCUGCCCAGCCUGUCACCUUCACUACUGCCUCCUUUGCUGCCACCAAGUUUGGCUCCACCAAGAUGAAGAAGGGUGGUGGGGCCUCAGGCGGUGUAAGUGUGGCUGGCAGUGGGGCGAGCGGCCAGCAGCCACCACAGCAGCAGCCUCGCAUGGCCCGCUCCCCGACAAAUAACCUGCCGAAGCACAAGAGCCUCUCUUUGUCCAUGCAUUCACUGAACUUCAUCACAGCCAAUCCGGCCUCUCAGUCUCAGCUUUCACCCAAUGCCAAGGAGUUUGUGUACAACGGAGGCGGCAGCGGCGGCUCACCCAGCCUCUUCUUUGAUGGGGCGGAUGGCCAGGGCAACGGCGCUUCGGCCCCUUUUGGGAGUAGUGGAGCUGGCACUUGCAACAGCAGCAGCUUGGAUGUGUCUCAGGUGUUCGGAGGUGGCGCUAACAGCCUCUUCUUAGAGAAAACCCCCUUCGUAGAAGGCCUCAGCUACAACCUGAACACCAUGCAGUAUCCCAACCAGCCCUUCCAGCCUGUUGUGCUGGCCAACUGAUCAUCUUCCUGUCUGCCAGGCCAGGAGCACCCACGACCACAGAACAGAGAAAGGAAAGGCCAAACAAAAGAGGAAAAGGAAACUGUACAAAAGAUUCCAAUCUUCUCGUUCUCACAACUAGGAAAGAGACCCGCCCAGGUACAGAGUAGGAGAGGGCUUCCGAAGCACCAAGCCGGGUCUAACUCAGCCCCUGACUAUUUUCUUGCCUGCCUCUGAUUUCAUUUGGUUGGUUUGGGUUUUGUGGGGGGGGGGGUUUGUUGUUAUAUGUAGUUUUCUAUAUGACACCUUUAAUUAGUGGUUUCCUGGGCUAAGAGUGGUCCAGAUGUGAGUUGCUGCCCCCUCCCUCCUUGACGCUCCUUUGGGAUUGGUGUGUUCAGGCUCCCGGGGAAAGAAGAGCAGCAGCUGGAACCAGACAGCCCCUGGAGCAGGGAGAGGCUGGCCCUGUGUCCCUGUCCUCAACUCCCCCUCAGUCUGGGUCACAGGGAGCUGCUGACUGGCCACUUGACACCCUCCCCCUAAAGCUAAUAUCUGCGACUCUAGGGAGGUUAGCACUUUUUCUAGUUGGAAUCCUUCUCUGCCCUGUGGCCUCAUCCCUCACCCCCUACUGGCCUGGACAAGAUACGUGUAGCCUCUUUCUCCAGUGUAGGGUUUCCCUGAGCCGAGGUUAGGGUAGAGAGUAGAGUUAGGGGCAAGUGAAUGUGGUUUUGUGUGUGCAUUCAUUGUGAGUGCGUGUGGCGUGCUGUUGUAUUCUAAAGGAUUCCAAGCCACAUGGAACUCCCUUCUCUGGGUGUGAUUCUGGGUUGCAACAAGUGCUUAGUUGUACAGGGCUGGGGGAUGGGCCCAGGGUCGAUAGUCCGUGUGUAAGGCAGUAGGACAGUGUGUGUGGUGGGGUGACGCGUGGCUAAGCCUAAGAAACUCCAGGGGAAAGCACCGCAGAAGGAACUGGUUUGCCAGACUGCAGAGGAUCUGCACUUUUGUUUGUUUUUGACCAAAAAAAAAAAAAAAAAAAAAAAAUC